CUGUAGCUCAUUUCUUUCCGCCGCCAAUGGACAGGGAUGCUGUAGCUCAUUUCUUUCCGCCGCCAAUGGACAGGGAUGUAGGUUUUGUGUCUCCAAUGUACAGGGAUGUAGGUUUUGUGUCUCCGCCGCCAAUGGACAGGGGAGUAGCUUUUACAAAAACAGCGCCACCGGGCAGGGGAAUAGAUUUUACAGAAACAGCGCCACUGGACUGGGAAUUAGAUAUUACAGAAACAUAUACACAUGACAGAUACGAAUACAGUGCAGCUAUAGCUGCAAUAUACAGUGCAGCUAUAGCUGGAGACAUCCAUGGCCUGACAACAGCACUACAACAAGACUCCGAACUCAAUCUUCUCAACCAACUCACCCCGCGAGGCGACACGAUUCUUCAUAUCGCCGCAAGACUAGGCCAUCACCAUCUAGUGGAACCAAUCCAAAGUAGAUGCCCAGACCUUUUCAAGAGCAAAAACUACAACAAUGAUCAUCCUCUACAUCUUGCUGCAGCUGGUGGUCAUCUAUCUAUAGUCAAGUCUCUGAUCACUAAUGCUUUACAGUUUGCACUUUCUUCUAGGCGAGAAACUGAAGCAGAGCAGGACAUUUUAGAUGUCAUAGAGGGGCAAAAUAAACAAGGGAAUACUCCAUUACAUAUGGCCGUAAAGGGUCAUCAAUACGAGGUGGCUUUGUUUUUGUUUAAGCGGCCUGGAAGUCAAAUAACUUCAUGUGUUCCGAAUCGGGAAAAAAAGUCACCCUUGUAUAUGGCAGCCGAAGCAGGGCAUGAGGAGCUCUUUGAGCUUAUGAUGCAAUUCGUUGCUUGGAAUGUUGACGCUCAAAAUAUGCUCAAGGAUGGCCAACCACUCCUGCACGUUGCUAUUACAACAAGGAACAAGGGUGUUCUUGAGACAGCAUUGAAGUAUGUGCCAUAUCUUAUGGAUGCACCUGACAGAAGAGGGAGGAAACCUCUUUCGUAUGCAGCAUCCAUAGGUUAUGUUGAUGGGGUUUGCUACAUCCUGGACACAUUUGUUGAUUGCAGAUACAAAAGAGACCGUGAUGGGUCUUAUCCCAUUCAUGAGGCAUCGAGCCAAGGUCAUAUUGAAGUUGUUAAGGAGUUUCUACGACGUUUUCCAGAUUCAAGAGAGUUGCUAAAUGAACAUGGACAAAAUAUUCUUCACGUUGCUGCUAAGAGUGGGAAAGCCAACAUUGUUAGUUAUAUGCUUAAAGCCCCUGAGCUUGAGAUGCUUGUUAAUGACACAGACAAAGAUGGAAACACCCCAUUGCUUUUGGCCACAAAGAAUGCUCAUGCUGAGAUAGUGAGCAUUUUGACAUGGGACAAGAGAGUUAGGUUAGAGACAGAGAAUGGCAAAGGCUUUACCGCUUUAGAUGCUGCUCUCAGUUAUGAGGGGACCACUCCCUCAAUUCACGAGGGGCUAACAUUGAUAGCCUUGCGACAUGCUAGUGCGACACGAGGGCAGCCAAAGACCAUCAAAACGAAAAAAAAUUCAACUGUCGAGGCCUACAAGGAUAGGAUUAACACACUCCUGUUGGUGGCAACAAUUAUUAUCACUGUGACCUUUGCGGCUGGUAUCACUGUUCCAGGUGGAUAUGACGACUCUGUAACUCACAAGGGCAUGGCACUUAUGGUAAAAAAGUCUGCAUUUCAAGUAUUCGUGAUCGCUAAUGCUGUAGCUAUGUAUAGUUCCAUUAUUGUUGCUGUUUUGCUCAUAUGGGCACAGUUGGGAGAUCUUAAUCUCAUCCGUGUUUCCUUGAAAUUGGCUUCGCCAUUGUUCGGAGGAGCUCUUACGAUGGUCGCAAUCUCAUUCAUGACAGGUGUUUAUCUAGUGGUGAGCAACCUUAAUUGGCUUUCUUAUGUUAUUUUGAUCAUGGGCUUAAUCUUUGUCCUUGCCCUUUCCACGCUGUUGAUUCUACUCUUUCUACCAACUUCCUUGAACCAUCGCAUGCUACGCUACAUUUUCUACUAUCCAUUUUCUCUUUUGCUAUUAAUCAGCAAAAAGUGGCGUUGAUGUCUGGUCUGUUGAUAUUGGAAAACUCUCUUUUAAUAUUUUCAAACAAAAAAAGUAUGUAAAAUUAUUGUAACAACCACAUCAUCAUUCCUUUUGGCACUCCAUUAGAGACAUGUGGGUUUCGUGUUUUUUUUUCUCUCUCUCUUUUUCUUCUCAUUUAUGAAACUGAUUAUGUAUUUAUUUCAAAUAUAUAUGUAUUGAAAGUUUAUUUGA